GUUGCUCUGAAUUAAGAAUGCUUGAAAAGGGGAAAACAGGAACUAUAACAAUUACCUCGGUUGAUAAUAAUGCCUUCUGUACAUGGACAAUACAAGCUCCUGUUGGUGCCCGCAUCAAAAUUACAAUAAGUUCAAGUUUUCAUUUGGAGGAAAAUGCUGAUAUGCUCAGUGUAUGGACGGGAGGUAUAUCUUUAAAAGAGAGCAAUUUUCUUGGAAGUGUAACAGGAAGUCUUCAAUCAGAUAAGGAAUUCUACUCCCAGAACAAUUACAUCAUCAUGCAGCUUAGCAUGGAUGGUUCUAUAAAUAUAAGAAGUGGAUUUACUGUAGACUAUGAAACAGUUGGAGAUGCGAUGAUUUGGAAUAAUAUGAAGAAGCUGACAGCAGGCAGUAGCUGGCAGAACCUGGAGUCACCAUUGUAUGGGACAGCUGUUCCAUUUGGAUUACAACUAGAAUGGUUGAUUACAGCAGAUUCUUACCAAGUAGUGUCAUUGGAGUUUCUAGAGGUAGAUUUGCCUACAAGCAGUUCCCUUCAAGUUUAUGAUGGAGAAGACUUAAUGGCACCUCAAGUUUUCACGUUGAAUAAAACUCCUAUGCAUCCAAUCUACAUAUCUAGAAGCAAAUCUGUUAGAGUUGUGUUCUCAACAGAUGAGCAUGAGUAUACUAAGUAUCGAGGAUUUCGGCUCAAAUACAAGGAAGGUUGUAAUAUUGAGAUGAAGCAACAAGGAACUAUUUAUUCACCUGGCUAUAAAGUUGGCAGAUAUCCUUCCAAUGUCACAUGUGCCUGGAUUCUUACACGCAAUACAGGAGAAGUUAAACCUAUUUCUCUACGAUUCACAGAAUUUAAACUUAAAAGCAAUUCUGAUUAUGUAGAGCUUUACAAUGACACUGCCGGUACAGCAUUGCACAUUGGAAGUGGGCUGACAGGCACUUCGGACAUUACUGAAAUAUUUAGCUCUACCAAUGGAUACCUCAAUGUGACCUUCAAGUCCAACCUGGUAUUGGUUGAAAAAGGAUUCAAGGCUGAGUUCUCUGUUGACUGCCCCAUAUUAACACUCUCACAAUGGACCAUAAAGUCAGUAUCGGAUAAGUACAAAGCCCUUAACACAGAAAUUGAAUUGUCCUGUCAACCAGGAUACUCGUUCAAACAAGAGGAGUACAACAGGGAAAGUUCUGUUGCUCUGAAAUGUUUACCUGGAGGAAAGUGGAAUGUAUCAAGAAUACCUGACUGCCAGAUUACAUACUGCAGCACACCCCCAGCUGUUCAAAAUGGAAUCCUUAAAAGUGCAACAGGUGGAAAGGUAGGAGAUAAUGCAACAUAUGAAUGCAAAGGUGGCUUCACUCUUAGAGGAUCAGCCACCAUCCAAUGUCAAGAGAAUGGAAUGUGGGAGGCUAAGCCAAGCUGCAAUGCUCAACAAUGCAGCCCAAUAAGUGAUCCAGCCAAUGGAAAUAGGAACAUUACUGAAGGAAGUGGGACUAAUUUUGCCUCGGUGUUGAUGUUUAGCUGUGACCCAGGAUAUGAUCUUCUUGGGUCUGUGUACAUCCACUGUAUGUCAAAUAGUACAUGGUCACAUCCUAAACCUUCUUGUACAAAGAUAAAAUGUCCCUUACCUGAAGUGAUGUAUGGUAAAGUUGAAUCAAGUGGUGUUGUUAAGUAUAAAGAGACCGCCAAGCUGAAGUGUGGUGCUGGGUUCAUUGUAAAUGGUACAUCUUUAUCUGAAAAAGAUGUGACGUGUGGGAAUGAUGCUUUGUUUUCUGGAUUGGAACCGUGUGUCAACAAAGAUGAAUGCACAGGGAAACCAUGUGAAUCUGUUUUGAACACAAAAUGUGUGGAUACAGUUGGUUCAUAUUUCUGCAAGUGCAAAGAUGGUUUUUCACGUUUAAUCUCAUCAGGCCCUUGUAGAGAUAUUGACGAGUGCCUUGUAGAUGAUGGAGGAUGCAGUGAUACAUGUACCAAUAAUGAUGGCUCGUAUUCUUGCUCCUGUGGGGCAGGUUAUGAAUUGUAUGCUUAUCCUGACUUUAACAACAUUAGCUUGGCAGAUGGAGAAACGGGAACACGAGCCGGAGAUAAAAUAAGAAUUAACCAUACUUGUGUCAGGGUUCAGUGUCAAAAACCAGUAUCUUUGUUGGAUGGAAAGAUUUUAAGCAACAAGAAACUUUUUUAUUAUGAGGAUCAGAUUGAUAUAGAGUGUGAUCAUGGUUAUUUUCUCACAACUAACACACACACUUUGAAAUGUGAAAGCCAUGGACAAUGGUCUGCCGAUAUGCUACACUGUAAAAAAGGAAGCUGUGUUACACCUAAUCUAAGUGCAGAUCCUAAUUACAACAGAAUUAUUCCAAAUGAUACAAGCGUGGACUUUGGUACUGAUGUUACCAUUGAAUGCAGAUAUGGAACUGGUUUUCGCAAUUUAUCCUUGUAUUGUGGGGAAAGUGGUGUGACGAUCUACAGACUGCUGGGAGAUAAUCUCACCUGUCCAGUGAUUGAUUGUGGGUUACCAGAGCAUGUGCCUGGUGCGGAGGAUUACAUCUACACUGACACCCUUUAUGGAAGUAGCUUUAACUUCAGCUGUAUAACUGGCUUAGUCCGUAGUGGAGUCUCAGUAAAUGAAGACUACACUGUCACUUGUCAGGAGAACAGAAGAUGGAGUUUUGGAAAUCUCACAUGUGCAGUGGGGCGCUGUACAGACCCUGGAACACCAGGGGGAGCUGUUCAAGAGGUUAGGAGUUAUGAGGUCGGGGAGCUACUCCGUUUCAAAUGUUUACGACCAGGAUAUGAACCAGUCCCAUCAGCACCUUUAUUGUGUCAACAACAGGAUGUAAACAAUGCCAAAUGGAAUGCUACAAAGAUACCAAUAUGCACAGGUUAA